GGAGACACCGUCUCGUGGAGCACAAAGUGGCAGGAGGUUGUAUUGCUCUCGACGACUGAGAGCGAGUACAUUGCCACAAUGCACACAGCCAAGAAGACACUCCGGUUGUGUUCUCUCAUUCGAGAAGUCAUCGGACCACUCGAUGAGCCCACCAAACUCUUUUUAGACAAUCAGUCAGCCAUUACGCUCGCUCACAACCACCAAUAUCACUCACUCAUUCAAAACAUCGACAUU